AAGGAGAAGGUCUGCAGUCUGAUCUUGCGUGAGCCGAGACGACGCUGUCAGACUGAUCACCCUGCAACCUGGGAAUAACUACAAACUGCAGAUUGCUCUUCAACGCAACAAGGUCGCGUCGUUUCCGCCGCACACGGACGCUGGGUCGAGAACUUUCAUGUUUUUUUUUCUUCCCUCGCUCGGAUCUGGAUCCUCCGUUGAUGUUGCAUAGUUGAAGGUGGAUUAUCAUGCCUGCUAAUGGUGACUGUCUGGAGACGUGUUUAGGUGGUGCGCGACAACUCGCGGGAGGCAUGUUCUGGUUUUGACGUGCCUGCAUGCGUGGAGCAGACGAGGGAUUGUCGUGAUUUUUACGCGUGUGGAGGAAACCAGCCCCCUUCUCUCUCGUAUCCCCCAGGUGUGAAAUAUAUCCCUCAUGCCUGAAUGACAUGGUUCAGUCCAGCUACGCGAUCCGAGCCUCCUCCAUGCAUUGGGAUUUUUCCCGAGUGAAUAACCCCUUUUUGAGCAUCUGAGAAGUAACACUGUAGAGAAGCUUUAUCAUGGACAGCGCUUGGAGUCAGGACGGGGCACCUGAGAGGAGACCGGAAUGCUCACGUACCCAGAAUGGGACCAACAUUGGGAUUUUUGCUGUCAUGAGAGGGGGACAGUGGAGCUGGGUGAUGCUUCUGCUUUAUAUGGGGCUGCUGAGCGCCUCGGCAAAGGGUCAGAACUGCAGCUACACACUACACAGUCCCAAUGGGACGAUAGAAAGCCCCGGCUACCCAUACGGUUAUCCCAACUAUGCCAACUGCACGUGGGUGAUUGUAGCAGCUGAGCAUAACCGGAUACAGCUGGUGUUUCAAGGCUUUGCCCUGGAGGAGGACUUUGACAUCUUGUCCGUUUAUGACGGGCCAUCCAGUCCGGGGAACCUACGGACAAGGUUAACGGGGUUCCAGCUGCCAUCGCCUAUUGUAAGCACAGGCUCCAGGCUCACUUUGUGGCUACUAUCUGACUACGCAGUGAGCGGCCAGGGAUUUAAAGCAUCCUAUGAAGCUUUGCCCAGCUACACGUGUGGUAAUCCUGGGCUGCUUCUCAACGGCCAUCAACAAGGGUCCACGUUCAACAUCGGAGACAAAAUACGCUACAGCUGCAACACAGGCUACGUAUUGGAGGGUCAUACCACCUUGUCCUGCCUCGCCACUUCAGCUGGAACUGCGGCAUGGGAUUUCCCCCUUCCCUACUGCAGAGCGGACGACGGGUGUGGAGGUACACUUCGAGGACAGAGCGGGGUGAUCACCACUCCCAAUUAUCCUGCUGAGUACCACAAUAAUGCUGACUGCACUUGGACCGUGCUAGCCGAGCCAGGAGACACCAUCGCCCUGGUCUUCUCUGACUUUCAGCUGGAGGACGACUACGACCUGCUGGAGGUCAGCGGCACAGAGGGUUCGUCGCAGUGGUUCACCGGCCCCAACCUUCCCUCACCCAUUAUUAGCAGCAAGAACUGGCUUCGUCUGCAUUUUACAUCAGAUGGCAACCAUAAGAUGAAAGGUUUCAGUGCCCAGUACCAAGUCAAGAAGAUGACUGAACUGAAGUCCCGAGGUGUAAAGAUGUUGCCGACCAAAGACAACUACCACAAGCUAUCAGUGUUGUCUCAAAUGGGUGUGGCCCAAGGACACAACAUGUGUCCCGACCCUGGCAUCCCAGAUCGUGGCAAAAGAAAAGGUUCAGACUUCAGGCGCGGAGCCACCGUGCAUUUCUCCUGCGACGAGGGCUACGAGCUGCAGGGCUCCAAGAGCAUCAGCUGUCUCAGAGUGACUGACAGCUAUGUGGGCUGGAGUGACGAGCGGCCCAUCUGCAGAGCCCCAAUGUGUGGUGGUCAACUAAAAGGCCCUGGUGGUGUCAUCACAUCCCCAAACUACCCAGUCCAGUACGACAACAAUGCCAACUGCACUUGGGUCAUCACAGCGACAGACAUGUCUAAGGUGAUCAAGCUGACUUUUGAGGAUUUUGACCUGGAGCGAGGCUACGACACGCUGACAGUGGGAGACGGCGAGGUGGUGGGGGACCAGAAGACAAUCUUUCAUGUCCUGUCCGGUACUACUACUCCAGACCUUGUGGUGAGCACCAGUCACCAGAUGUGGCUCAAUUUCAAAACAGACGACACGAGUGGCUCUCUGGGCUUCAAGGUGUCUUAUGAAGAGAUUGACCAAGGCAGCUGUGGUGACCCAGGCAUCCCUGCUUAUGGCAAACGAGAGGGGACGGGUUUCCGUCACGGGGACAGGCUGUACUUUGAGUGUCUGCCUGCAUUUGAGCUGGUGGGCAAGAAGAACAUCACCUGCCAGAAGAACAACCAGUGGUCUGCCAAGAAACCCAGCUGUGUUUUUUCCUGUUUCUUCAACUUCACCACACCCUCUGGAGUGCUACUGUCCCCAAACUACCCGCAAGAGUACGGCAACAACAUGCACUGUGUUUGGCUGAUCAUAACCAACCCUGAAAGCCGAAUUAACCUGGCCUUCAAUGACCUAAGCAUGGAGAAACAGUUUGACUUCCUCUCUAUUAAGGACGGGGGAAAGGCUGAGUCUCCCAUCUUGGGCACCUUCUCUGGUGAUGUCCUUCCUCCUCCCAUAACAACCAGUGCCCAUGUAGCACGCCUGGAGUUCUUGACCGACCACACCUACACAAAUAGAGGCUUUAACAUCACUUUCACGACAUUUCGCCACAAUGAGUGCCCCGAUCCGGGAGUCCCAGUGAACGGGAAGCGCUUUGGCGAAAGUCUUCAACUGGGAAGUUCCAUCUCCUUCCUGUGUGAGGAGGGAUUCGUCAAGACCCAUGGCUCACAAACAAUAUCCUGCAUCCUCAAGGAUGGCAACGUGGUGUGGGACAAUGCUGUUCCACGCUGUGAAGCUCCCUGUGGGGGGGAUCUGAAGGCUCCCAGUGGGAUCAUCCUAUCUCCUGGCUGGCCAGAACUCUAUAAGGAGGCCCUUAACUGUGAAUGGAUCAUUGAAGCUCCUCCAGGCUACCCCAUCAAGAUCAUCUUCGACAAGUUCCGCACUGAGGUCAACUAUGAUGUCCUGGAGGUCCGCGAUGGUCGUUUUCCUUCUUCACCACUGAUUGGAAGUUACCAGGGAACUCAGGUUCCCCAGUUUCUCAUCAGUACCUCCAACUUCCUGUAUCUUCUCUUCUCCACCGACAAGAGCCACUCCGACAUCGGCUUCCGAAUACGCUACGAAACCUUGCAGCUACAGUCGGAUCACUGCGUGGACCCUGGCAUACCUGUCAACGGACAACGGCACGGCAACGACUUCUAUGUGGGCGCUCUGGUGACAUUUAGCUGUGACGCCGGGUACACGCUUAGUGAUCCGGAGCCUCUAGAAUGUGAACCCAAUUUCCAGUGGAGCCGCCCGCUGCCGAGCUGCGAUGCACUGUGUGGCGGUUACAUCCACGGCAACGUCGGCACCAUCUUGUCUCCAGGAUUCCCAGACUUCUACCCGCACAACCUCAACUGUACUUGGAUCAUCGAGACCUCCCAUGGCAAAGGCGUCCAGUUUACCUUCCACACCUUCCAUCUGGAGAACCCUCACGACCACUUGUUGGUGACAGAGAAUGGCAGCUUCUCUCAGCCCUUGUGGAGACUGACGGGCUCCACACUGCCGCCGCCUCUGAGUGCCGGCCUGUUUGGGAACUACACGGCUCAGAUUCGCUUUCUGUCCGACUUUUCUGUUUCCUAUGAAGGGUUCAACAUCACUUUCUCUGAGUAUGAUUUGGAGCCAUGCGAAGAUCCAGGAAUCCCACCCUAUAGCACCAGAAAGGGCCUUCAGUACGGGGUGGGAGAUACACUCAUCUUUUCCUGUUUCCCGGGUUACCGACUUGAGGGUCCUGCGAGGGUGGUGUGUUUAGGGGGCAGGAGGCGGGUGUGGAGCUCCCCUCUGCCAAGGUGUGUUGCUGAAUGCGGCUCCUCCGUGACUGGCAUGCAAGGGGUACUGCUCUCCCCCAACUACCCUGGUUACUAUGGCAACAACCAUGAGUGCAUCUACUCCAUCCAGACGCAGCCAGGCAAAGGGAUCCAGCUUCGAGCUCGAGACUUCCGACUGGAGGAGGACGAUGUGCUUAAAGUGUUUGAUGGCAGCAGCAAUACGGCUCGUCUGCUCGGAGUGUUUACGGACAGCGAAAUGCUUGACACAACCCUGAACUCCACAUCCAGCUCCAUGUGGCUGGAGUUUAUCAGCAAUGCAGACAAUACCAGUAAAGGCUUUGAGCUACACUUCACUAGCUUUGAGCUGGUGAAGUGUGAAGAUCCAGGCGUCCCCCAGUUUGGCUACAAGCGAGAAGACAAGGGUCAUUUUGCUGGGAGCACUGUGUCGUACAGCUGUGACCCCGGCUAUACCCUAAAAGGCCCAGAAGUGCUCACCUGCCUGAGGGGGGAGAGGAGGGCGUGGGACAGCCCUCUCCCGCUCUGUGUCGCUGAAUGCGGGGGUACCAUCAAAGAUGAGCCCACUGGUCGGAUUCUGUCUCCAGGCUACCCAGCUCCGUAUGAACACAACCUGCACUGCGUGUGGACCAUUGAGGCCACGCCAGGAAGCACUAUUAGUCUGCAUUUCCUGGUUUUCCACACUGAAGAGAUCCAUGACGUGCUUCGCAUCUGGGAUGGUCCCCAAGAUGGAGGAGUGUUGCUGAGGGAAUUGAGCGGCUCUGCGUUGCCGCCGGAUGCCCACAGCACUUUCAACACCAUCAGCCUGCAGUUCACCACUGACUUCUUCACCAGCAAGCAGGGCUUUGCACUGCAGUUCUCUGUCUCUACCGCUACCUCGUGCAAUGACCCCGGAAUGCCGACUAAUGGGACACGCGGCGGUGACAGCAGGGAACCAGGGGACCAUGUGGUUUUCCGGUGUGACCCGGGCUACGUCCUGCAGGGGGCCAACAAGAUCACCUGCACUGAGAUCAACGGUCGCUACUUCUGGCAGCCGGACCCUCCCACUUGCACAGCUCCAUGUGGAGGCAACCUGAGCGGUCCCAGCGGGCUGAUCCUUUCUCCGGAUUAUCCCGAACCAUACCCUCAUGGGAGAGAGUGUGAUUGGACCGUUACCGUCACAGAAGACUAUGUCAUCGCCCUCAGCUUCAACCAAUUCAGCUUGGAGCCCAGUUAUGACUUCCUGCAUAUCUAUGACGGACCAGACUCCCUCAGCCCCUUGCUCGGAAGCUUUUACGGCGCAGAUGUACCCGAUAGAAUUGAGAGCAGCUCCAACACUCUCUUUCUGGCCUUCCGCAGUGAUGCCUCCCUUAGCAGCAACGGAUUUGUGCUUCAGUACACAGAGAACCCCAGGGAGUCUUGCUUCGAGCCUGGUCUGGUGCGCAAUGGGACGCGGGUGGGCACAGAACUCAAGCUGGGCUCCACUGUCACCUACCACUGCGACAGCGGCUACACACUAGAGGGAGAACAAACCCUCACAUGCAUCAUGGGGGCAGAUGGCAAGCCAAGCUGGAACAAGCCCAAACCCAUCUGCACUGCGCCGUGCGGUGGGCAGUACUCAGGUUUGGAAGGAGUGGUCCUAUCCCCUGCUUACCCUGGCAACUACAGCAAUGCAAGAACAUGCCUAUACUCUGUGGCGGUUCCAAAGGAUUAUGUGGUGUUCAGCCAGUUCGCAUUCUUCCAGACAGCUCUAAACGACGUUGUGGAGGUGUUUGAUGGACCCACACAAUCCUCCCGUGUUCUUAGUUCCCUGUCCGGAGCACACACAGGCGAAUCAUUGCCGUUAGCGACAACCAACCAAAUCCUGAUACGCUUCACCUCGAAAGGUCAAUCCAGCUCGAGGGGAUUCCACCUGGUCUACCAAGCUGUGCCACGGACCAGUGCCACCCAAUGCAGCUCAGUCCCAGAGCCCCGGAAUGGACGCCGAAUGGGCAACAGUUUUGCUGUUGGCGCCGUGAUUCGCUUUGAGUGCAGCCCAGGUUAUGUGCUCGAGGGAUCGAGUGCCAUUGAAUGUCUGACAGUACCCAAUGCACUGGCACAGUGGAACAGCUCCAUCCCCAGCUGCAUAGUUCCGUGUGGAGCUAAUCUCACCCAUCGUACUGGGACCAUUUUAUCACCUGGGUUUCCAGAACCUUACCUCAACAGCCUCAACUGUGUCUGGAAGAUUACCGUUCCAGAGGGAUCGGGAAUCCAGAUUCAGGUCAUCAGCUUUGUCACAGAACAAAAUUGGGAUUCGUUGGAGGUGUUUGACGGAGGAGACAACACUGACACCAUGCUUGGCAGCUUCUCAGGCACCACGGUUCCAGCUCUCCUCAACAGUACUUCCAACCAACUCUACCUACACUUUUUCUCUGAUAUUAGCGUGUCCGCUGCUGGGUUCAGGCUGGAAUACAAAACGGUGUCUCUUACCAACUGUGCUGAACCUGUCAUUCCUAUGAAUGGCGUGAAGGUUGGGGAGCGUCUUCAGAUGAAUAAUGUGGUGUCCUUUCAGUGUGAACCUGGCUACACGCUACAGGGAAACUCACACAUCACCUGCAUGCCCGGAACUGUCCGACGAUGGAACUACCCGCCGCCUCUCUGCAUUGCCCAGUGUGGAGGAAUCCGGGAGGAGAUGGAAGGAAUGAUACUCAGCCCGGGUUUUCCUGGCAACUAUCCAAGUAAUAGCGACUGCACAUGGAGGAUCUACCUGCCAGUUGGUUAUGGAGCCCACAUACAAUUUCUCAAUUUCUCCACCGAAGCUAAUCACGAUUUCCUCGAAAUACGCAACGGGCCACUGGACACGAGUGCCGUCAUUGGCCGAUUCAGUGGACAGGAUGUCCCUUCCUCGCUUCUCACCACCUCGCAUGAGACUACAGUCUAUUUCCAUAGCGACCAUUCACAGAACAAACCAGGGUUUAGGUUUGAGUAUCAAGCUUAUGAACUACAAGAGUGCCCUGAUCCAGAGCCUUUCCACUAUGGGGUGGUAGUAGGUGCUGGCUACAACGUAGGCCAGUCCAUAUCCUUUGAGUGUCUGCCUGGAUACAAGCUUGUGGGACAUUCCAUCCUGACAUGUGAACAUGGAACAACACGCAAUUGGGAUCGUCCUUUCCCUCGCUGUGAAGUGCCUUGCGGUGGAAACAUCACAUCGGACAACGGAACCAUCUUCUCUCCACGUUACCCAGAAGAAUACCUGAACUCGGCUGACUGCUCCUGGUUGAUCACUGUGGCUCCUGGCUUUGGCAUCAAGCUCAACUUUACCUUGCUUCAUGUUCAUGGGCCCCAUGAUUUUAUUACGGUCUGGGAUGGUCCACAAGAAACAGCAAGGAAGCUUGGUGUGUUCACCGAUGGUGAGCCCAACGAACCUCCCAGCAGCACAUCCAAUCAGGUGUUGAUCCGUUUCCGAAGUAACACAGAGAAAGGUGGAUUGUUUCGCAUUGACUAUCAAGCUUACAGGCUUCAGUUCUGUCUGCCUCCGACCAUCAUUCCAAAUGCAGAGAUCCUGAUGGCAAGCAAAGAGUUUAAAAUAGGUGACAUAGUACGCUAUAGGUGCUUCCCUGGCUACCAUCUCAGCGGCAAUGACAUUCUCACGUGUCGCUUGGGGACCUAUUUGGAGUUCGAGGGGCCUCCACCCUCAUGUGAUGUGACGUGUCCCAUGAAUGAGAUACUGACGGCGUCCACAGGUGUCAUCAUGAGCCAGUCACCGGGCACCGGCUUCCCUCACUUUGAGUCAUGCUCCUGGGUGGUGAAAGUGGAAGCGGGAUACAAUGUCACUUUCACCAUUGAGCACUUCCAGACGAGCCGUCAAUUUGAUGAGCUUGAGAUCUUUGAUGGCCCAUCAAGACAGAGUCCUCUCCUGAUUACUCUCAGUGGUAACUACUCCAGCCCACUCAGCAUCACCAGUUCCAGUAACAAAGUCUACCUGCACUGGUCCUUCGACCACACGACCAGUCACAAAGGCUUCCGUAUACGCUACUCAGCGGCCUACUGCAGCCCGCCAAGCUACCCUGUAAACGGCACAGUGCACAGUCUUACGGGCACCAAAUUGGGAAGCACUCUGCGUUUCAGCUGUGACCAAGGGUUCCGACUUAUCGGCCAGAGCAGCGCCACAUGUACACGGACCGCACAGGGGAUCUAUCAGUGGAAUGCACCAGUGCCGCUCUGUCAAGUCAUAUCCUGUGGAAUGCCAGUGCCUCCUGUCAAUGGCAGCAUUAUGGGCCAGGACUUCUCUCUCGGAGCCAGGGCUUCAUACCGCUGCAAUCCAGGAUUCCGGCUUGCAGGGCCUGUCACCACUACAGUCGUCUGUCAAGAAUCUGGCCGCUGGAGCCCCAUUGAGGCACCCCCACGAUGUGUCCCGGUGACCUGCCCUGACAUCGGACACUCUGCAGUCGACCACGGCCGAUGGAGAUUAAUCUAUGGAACCCAGAACCAAUAUGAUACUAUUAUGAUGCUCAUAUGUGACCCGGGGUAUUACUACAGGGGUCAACGCGUCAUACAGUGCCAGGCCAACAGCACCUGGAACUACCCAGAUCCCCAACCAGCCUGUGACAUCAUUUCCUGUGGUGACCUUGGAACGCCACCAAACGGCAACAAGAUUGGAACACUGACUGUGUAUGGAGCCACGGCAAUUUUUUCCUGCAAUACAGGCUACACUUUAGUCGGGUCCCGCGUGCGAGAGUGCAUGUCCAAUGGACUCUGGAGCGGAACACAGGUCCAGUGUCUGGCUGGCCAUUGCGGCACCCCUGAGCCCAUUGUGAACGGGCAGAUCAAUGGGGAGAACUACAACUAUAGAGGUAGUGUUGUAUACCAAUGUAACCCAGGAUUUCGCCUCAUCGGGGUGUCUGUGAGGAUCUGUGAACAGGAUCACCGCUGGUCAGGGCAAACCCCCGUCUGUGUCCCUAUCACAUGCGGUCACCCCGGUAACCCCACCUUUGGUAUGACCCAAGGAUCCCAGUUCAGCUUAAAUGAUGUGGUCCAUUUUAUCUGCAAUACUGGAUAUGUUCUCCUGGGGCCCGUUAAGUCCACAUGCCAGGCUAACGGGCAGUGGAGUAGCGCUCUGCCUCGCUGUAAAAUUGUGAACUGCACAGACCCAGGCCAUGUGGAAAAUAGUGUCAGGCAGGUCUUAACCAGUGGACCACAUCGCUACAGCUUCCAGACCACUGUGUCAUACCGCUGUAACCCGGGCUACUACCUGCUGGGAACCAGCUCCAUCUCCUGUCAAGGUGACGGUACCUGGGACCGCUCCCUGCCCAAGUGCCUUUUGGUGUUGUGUGACCGGCCCAGCAUACCUCCCUACGCCCAGAUCUCAGGCGACCGUCGGACCGUGGGCUCGGUCAUCCGCUACAGUUGCAUCGGCCAGCGUACCAUCAUUGGCAACACGACGCGCAUGUGCCAGCUGGAUGCGCAAUGGAGCGGCUCACCGCCACACUGCUCUGGGGACGCUGCAGGACUCUGUGGAGAUCCAGGCGUUCCUGUGCAUGGCAUCCGUUUGGGAGACGAGUUCACAGUGGGUAGCGUGGUGCGCUUCAGCUGUGAGCCGGGUUACAUGCUGAAAGGUUCCCCUGAGAGAAGUUGCCUGGCCAAUCGGACCUGGCUGGGUACUCAGCCUGAGUGUCAUGUAAUAUCCUGUGGAAACCCUGGAACUCCUCGGAAUGCCCAGAUCCUAGUCCACGAUGGCCUCACCUUUUCCAGAUCCAUUACUUACGCCUGCAGGGAGGGCUACUACUCUACGGGCCUGCUAACCCGUCACUGUACGAUAAACGGCACCUGGACUGGCAACAUGCCUGAGUGCUCUGUAAUCAACUGCGGUGACCCUGGCAUACCAGCCAAUGGGGUGAGGUCUGGGAAUGAUUUUACCUACAGCCAUACGGUUAGUUUCCAGUGUUCUCCUGGUUUCACCAUGGACGCUGACCGUGCCUCCACCCUCGUCUGCACCAAGGACCGCACCUGGAACGGCACCAAACCUCUCUGCAAGGCAAUUGUAUGUGGUUCGCCCCCGAUCAUUCCUAAUGGACAGGUGGUUGGGACAGACUUCAACUGGGGCUCCAGCAUCAGUUACUCCUGUAACCAAGGUUACCAGCUGUCACUCCCCACUGUGUUAAUUUGCCAAGGCAAUGGCAAUUGGAGCGGGGAGAAACCGCAGUGCUUCCCUGUUUUCUGUGGAGACCCUGGCUUUCCUGCCCAAGGGAGAAGGGAGGACCGGGGAUUUACCUACCUUUCGUCAGUCUCCUUUUCCUGCUAUUCUCCCUUCAUCCUGGUGGGCUCUACCAGGAGGUAUUGCCAAUAUGAUGGCACUUGGAGUGGAACACAACCUUCUUGCAUAGAUCCUACACACACGACCUGCAUAGACCCGGGCACGCCUCUUUUUGGGAAUCAGAACAGUAGCCAAGGAUAUCAGAUCAGCAGCACGGUGUUCUUCAGCUGUAGAAAAGGCUACUUGCUGCAGGGUUCUAUAUCUCGGACUUGUCUGCCCAACCUCACUUGGAGUGGUUUUCAGCCUGAGUGCAUCGCUCACCACUGCAGCCAGCCAGAGCUGCCAGCCCAAUCGGACGUGCGGGCCAUUGAACUGCCAUCCCUCGGCUACACACUGAUCUAUACGUGCCAGCCCGGAUUCUACUUGGCUGGAGGAUCAGAGCACAGGACCUGCAAGUCCGAUGGGAGCUGGACUGGGAAACCACCUCUCUGUGCAGCUGAUAACCGUCCAAGUGGUAAGAGCCCAGUGGGAACAGUGCAGGAGCCUCCUUCCAAAUUGCCCGUCCCAGGCGGUGUAUUUGCAAAGAACUCUCUCUGGAGGGGCUCGUAUGAGUACUUGGGGAAAAAGCAGCCCGCCAUGCUCAGCAUCACUGCCUUUGAGCCGUUUAGCAACCGCGUCAAUGGAACACUACUUGACCACAGUGGCGUGGAACUCAAACUCGCGGGCACAUAUAAAAGAGAAGAAGCUCACCUGCUACUCCAGGUUCACCAAAUCCGAGGCCCCGUGGAGAUCUUUGUCAACAAGUUCAAAAUUGACAACUGGGCCCUGGAUGGACACGUGUCCUACAUCUCUUCAUCCAACUCCUUUGUGUACCAAGGAUUUGUCCGUGGAAAAGGCUUUGGACAGUUUGGUCUCCAGAGACUGGAGAGUUUAGAUCCCAGCAGAGACAAAACAGCCUACAACUUUGCGUCCAACAGCAGUUCUGUGGCCGCAGCCAUCCUAGUGCCUUUUAUAGCCAUGAUCAUCGCAGGCUUCGCUCUGUACCUCUACAAACACAGAAGAAGACCCAGGGUCCCUUUCAAUGGCUACGUGGGCCAUGAGAACACUAAUGGACGGGCUACAUUCGAGAACCCCAUGUAUGACCGCAACAUUCAGCCUACUGACAUCAUGGCCAAUGAGACGGAGUUCACAGUCAGCACAGUGUGCACAGCUGUAUAGUGACUGCUUCCUGUCAAGUCUCGGGAGGAGAUGUUUGCCCCAUCUUCGAGGAUAUCACUCCUUGAGCAAGAUGGCAAAUUUUAUUCACAGAAGAAAAAAAAAGAAACAUCCUUGACACGAAAGAAGCAACACCAAGUCAGCUACAACAGAAUGCUUUUUGUGGCUGAAGAGUUCUUAUCUCGUCUGGAGAAAAUGUUUUCACCUGAAAGUGUGUAGAAGCUGUGGCCGCUUUCUUCAUCACCCUCGGCCGCAACCCAAAAGAAAUAUACAGUUGGUAUAUGAACCAGAGAUCAACAUACAAGAGAAAGAUAUGUCAGUUUGAAAGAGCCGGACUGGUCUUUACGUUGCUGUAUGUGCUCUGGUUUUCCAUUACUUUGUUUGGAUUUUUACCCCACUUGCUUUCUGUAAUGAUAAACUCCACCCACGGCCAUGUGCUUCUAUGGCUGGUCCCAUCCACUCGUCUGCUUCCCUGGAGGAUACAUUUAAAAUGCAAUCCCAAGGCCAUGUUGGAGAGAAAUAUUCAGUCCGUACUUUUUUUUUUUUUUGCUGAUGUUCUGCAAGCAGUCCAGUAGUGUCCAUUGCAAAGUUUUGAGUGAGAAAAGGGCUGCAGAAAAAGCACUUAGUGAGGCAAGAUGGUUGAUGUUGAUCUCUGCAACCCUGAGGUAAAUUUCCCGUCCAUUCCAUCUUCUAAUUUUAAUAUGGCUUUAUUUCUCUACCCUACAUACGCACAGCUCAAAACCAGAAGCAUCAGUCCCUGCGUUCCUAGCCUAAUGUUUAGACACUGAUGAAAACACUUCUCCAUCAGUGCAUAAUCACCUAGAAAACAUGUUACUUGUCGUGUUUCCAAAGAUCUUAACAGAUCUGUAGGAGCGUUCCAUUGUGGGAACUGCAAACUCAGCUCACAAAGUGUUCAUAUCUGCAGUGCACCACCCCAAGAAGUGACUAGGAGGCACUUGGCUGGAUGAGUCAGUGAUUAACGUCUGCUGGAUUACAUUUGGGUUUUUUUUCCCCCUUCUGAGUUAACUUUUGACAGCUCACUUUCUUUUGAAAGCCUAGCUUUUCUUUGUUUUGUCUCGGCUUGCCAUGACUAGGUCGCAGGGGGCUUCUUCAAAGAUGUGACGGCAGGCGAGUUGCAGGCAUACUGAUUGGUUGGAAUUAAGAUAAAGUUAGCUACGGAAUCAAUGAAAGGGUGCUAAAAUGAAUUACCAAUCACCGUGCCCCUUGCUAUUUACCUCUAAGUACCCCCAUACCUGCGUGGAUGCUAAAGUGGCAUGGGUAGUGCUUGAACUCCACUACAACAAAUGGAGCCAUUACAUGCGCUUUGUGUUAAUUUUUUUUGCCAUGUUGUGGAGUCUCAAAAUUGCCAUCUGUUUUCCCAAUGACAGGGCCCAUAGUUGAUGAUGUAAUCCAAUUUAGCGUGGCAUCCUUUUAACAUAUACAUAUACAGUAUCAUAUUUGAAUGCAGCAGAGUGGCUUUGACAUACCAAAUCAGCAUCCAUACAAACAGGUUUUUAAUGAAGUGUUUAUAAUCACAUACAUACAUAAUUUCCCACAGAAAUCCAGGCCUUUGAAACCAAUCACUGUAAUGUUCCUUCAAUCAGAGUGGCUGUGGGGCUGGUAAUUGUUUUUACAAUGUUAUUACUUUUACAGCCCCUCACUUAUCUCAAUGCCACAGAUAGAAUAUUGCCCCUUGCCGGCCGUGCUCGUGAAUUGAUGGAAAAGGAAACAAUUGAAUUACCCCAGAGAUUUCACGGUGGAGUGGAGCACCCACGUUAUCUCGCACGGCAUUGGCUCUCACUUCUCACAGUCGUAUGGAGGUGGCAAUAUCAUGUAUUUUUUCUCUCUGGUAUUCUGAAUAUUUUGCUCAUUUCCAGGUGGGUCUUUUUAAUUGAGUUUCCAGUGCAACAUUUAACAGAUAAUAACGCCCUUUGUUAAGCUUAAUUGAAUAGCCAACAGGAUGCAUUUACUGUUUCCUACGACAGGAACAGUUUUGAUUGUUUUUCCGUACAAGGGCUCAAUCUAAAGGACCAGACUCAAACCUUCCCCCUCUGUUUUUUCUACCUUCUCCACUUUCCAAUAAGCACUUUAUGUUCAUCAUAGUGCCUUGUUAGGGGCUCAUUAUACUGGUUUGCUGCAAAACGUCCAAAAGGCAUAGAUUGGGGGUCUUCAUUAUUGCUCUUGCUGUCUAAUCCUUUACUUCAGUGGUUCUCAACUGGUUUGGCUGGGAGACCCACCAUCACCCCACCAUGACAAGUGGUGACCCAAAUGGCGGCUAUUUUUCAAUUUAUAUUUAAAGGGACGGCUACCCAGAGGGCAUUAACUUUCUUUAUUGGGGGUGUAAUUCCCCCAUGCGACACGACCCUGUCUCUCUCUCUCUUUAUGGCACGCUCUUCUCCAGCAGAUGUCUGCAGCUGUGUGUCCCGCUCACUCAAGCUUGACAAUGUUGCCGAUAAAACAUGGCAUUCACCUCCAAUAACACAGACACGAGUCCCCCCCCCCCCCCCCACCUGCAACCCACUGAAAACGUUUCUGUGACCCACCCACCAGUUGAGAAUCACUGCUUUAUAUGAAAUGCAUGUGUUACACGCAUUCUUCACAUCUGUGUUAUUUUUGUAAGGAAGAUAUGUUGGGCUCUGUCACAUUUUUCUUGCUAUUUUGGUCAUUUUUAGGAUAUUACAGUAGUAUAAUGUGUGGAGGGAUUAACGCCAAUAGCGUGAUUUAUGUGUUCUAGCAUGUUUUUGGAAGUCUAUAACCAAAGAAAUUAAGUUCAACUUUUCCAUUCUUGAUGUUGCAUCUCUUAGUUUUGCAAGUUUUUUUUAAACAGGGCCAAGAUAUUCUCAGAAUAUGACGCUGGGUAUUUAACAGAAAUGGGAAAGUUUCACCUAACGAGAGUUACGUCUUCAUUUGGGAGGUUAGUCCAGAAAGUUCUCUCCAGGAAAGUGCACUGAAGUUAUAUGAGGAUGUCAGAGUUAUGCUUAAAGAGUUAUCAGCCAACUUCCUGGUUCUUUUGCAUAUUUAAAGACAUAGACUCUGUCCAUCUUCGACACAUUUUUGUUAUCAGCGAGGCACAGCUCUCUCUAGCUCACCAUCUCGUCUAUAAUGAAACACACCACGGUUCCUCUUCCCGCGAAGUUAACUCCUCACAGUCAGGGAAGCAGAAGCUCCUCGGUUUGACUGCUCAGUCCCACCCAACAGUUUACGUAUGAAACAAUCCGUCAACCAUGGGGUAAACUCUCCUUUGUCAUCUCCAGUGUAGCAUCCGGGGCCAAAGCCACUCUCACUGCUGUGUGAACGCACAAUUUAGCAUCAGCUUUUAGCCUGUGACUCAAGCUUAGGCCCGGCAGUUACAUAAUUUUUCUGAAUGUACUUCAUUCCACUGAGUGUGUCCCAAGACUUCAAAAUGAGCUUUUUAUCUUGAGCAGCAUUUUUUUUUGCUCAAAAUACUUUAAUGCUAGUGCUCACCUUUUGCAAGCAGGUGGAAAAAAAAGAUUAUUCUUUUUACAAAAAUCUCUAAAGCGGCAACUGAAUCCCUUGAUGACUCAAAAGCACCUGAGUGAGCUCCAUGCAGCUCUUUUAAAAGACUCAACAGCAUCACCGCAUACAUGUACUGAUAACGUCAAACCGAAAUGAAAACGGACAGGAGAGGACUGUGUAACUUUAAAGUGUCUCUAAAGAAAAAAAAAGAGAGAAUAUUAACAAAUUAAAAAAAAAACAUUUUUGUACAGAGAUAUAUUUUUAUGAAAAUACAUUUGUAAUAUAAAAUGAAGAAAAUCUGAAUUGACAUAUGUACUUUUUUCCAUUAUUGUAGUACAAAUGCUAGUGGGGAGUGUGUGUGUGGUGGGUAAGGGGGUAUAUGCGUAUGUGUGUGAGUGUGUAUGUGUUUGUGUGUGUGUAUGUGUGUAUAUAUAUAUAUACACAUACACACACAUCUCUAUACAAAUAUAUACAAAGAAAAUAGAAAACAAGGCUUUUUUGUAUGUGUAAAAAAGAUUGUACAUAAAAGUUUACAUACGUAUUGUAAAUAUGUAAGACCCACCAUGGCUUGUCUGCAAUAUAUAAAAUGUAUUUUAUCCGUCUGUAUAUGAUGCUUUGCAUUGUGUCUAAGCUUAUUCUACUUUCUUGAACUUGAAACUUAUUUUGAAGGUUUUGGAAUAAAAUAUUUUAAAAAAUA